CUUUAAUCCAAAAGCGGCGGCUUUCAAUUUUUUAUAGGAAAGAUAUUUGCUGGAUUAUACGUUUUUCCUCUGAUUUUCAAAUACAUUUAAGAUAAUCUGUAAACGCGUGGAUUCACUCCAAGGAUGUCGCACAGUUCAUAUGGCCGAGAGUGGGCUGCUGCUCAGGGAGCCUUGGAGAACCUUUUAGAGGAUGAGCAUCCCACAAUGCAGCUCGAUCCUCAAAAGGACCGCCUGCAGGUUUUUCAGACACUGGCCACUUUCUACUUACGCUACCUGAAGAUAUUCCAUGCCCUGGAAGAGGUGUAUGAUCAGAUUGUUCACCCUCAGAAGAGACGGGUUGUUCGUCAGGUUCUUGAGGGGGUGAUGGGACGACUGGUUGAACUCAAGAAUGAGAUGGUGGAGCUGGAAUAUUCAGAGUUUCACUACUUUGAUGACAUAUUGCAGGACUUUAAGAUGAUACCUGAGGAUCUUGAGGUGCCUAUUCCACAUUAUUUUGUGAGGGAGAGGAUGAGGGCACUGAAAGAGAGGCAGAAGAUGUUGUCUCAUAUUUUGGCUAAAGGAGGACAACAAGAACAUAAAACGCAGGUGACCGUUCAGUCCAUGUCAUUGGAGCGGGCUGUGCAUUUGCUGCAGGUCAGCGAGCGAGCACGUCAAGGGAGACUGAGAGCUCACUUCAUGAAGAAGAUUUGGCAGGAGGAACAGAGAAGGCAGCAGGGGGAUAGUUCUAGCUCUAGCAUGCUAAACCCUGACCAGGCAGCCACCUGCAUUCAGAAGGUGUGGCGGGGGUAUCGAGACAGGAAGAGGGUCAACAAGGAACGUCUAGAGGAGAUGAUAUUUCUGGGAAUGAUACCAGCCCAGAAACCUACGCCAAGCCUUGCCCAACAGCAUGCCCAGCAGGUGGUAAGCAGCAGACAUGUGGUGCAGGAAGAGUAUGAGGCUGAGUACCAGAGAGCACUGGUCAGCAUCAAGGAGUCAGUGUGGUCUGUGGAUGGCCCAGAUAUUAAGGAAACCCUGCAAGAACAAAUACGCCAGUGGUUUAUUGAGUGCCGAGAUGCCACAGGGAAGUUUCCUGACUUUCCAAAUGCGGAGGAUGGAGGAUCUGCUUCCAUAUUUGCUCAGAAGACACCAGAGCAGGUUGCUGCUGACCUUGCUGCUAAAGAAGAGAGGGAGAAGAAAAAAUCAAAGGCAGAGAAGGACAAAACAGGGAAUGACCGGAAAGAGAAGAAAGGAAAGAUGAAAGGAAAAAAGGGGAAAGGAGAAACAGAGGAGGAAGAGAAGGGAUGGAAGAUGACUCCCAGUAACUUCCUUCCUACUGUAGUCGAGGGAACCAAAAUGUACAAAGAGGUUUGGGGUGGCCGGGAUGAGAAACAGAACUUCCUUCAAUAUUUUGACGUUCAGCUGGUGCGAGAGGAGAAAAGAUUGGAAGUUGAAGAGGAGGUUAGAGUUCAGGUGGAUGAACUAAUGAGGCAAGAACUGAAGAACCUUAAGCUGGUGGUGGACAGAGAGAAGGGGAAGAAAAAGAAAAAAGUCAAGAAAAGCAGUAAAAAGAAAAAGAAGAAAGGGAGGAAAACUGGAAAGAAGAAGAAGACGAAGAAAGAGAAGGACCUGACUGCUGACAGAACCAUUGAAUCCCUGUAUGAGGAGCUUGUUUUGGAAGGCUUCAUAAUCAGGCCGAUGAAUGUCAAGUUGUCAGAUUACAUAGGUGCAUACAGUUACCUGGGCACAUCCCUGCGGCAAGCAGAUGUUGAACCUAUGCCAUCUCUCUCCGAUGUCAGACAGCUCAUCGCACUUUAUGGCAUCCUACCUCUGGGCUCUCAGUGUGUCCAUGAGAGAGGCCCCUUAAUCCGGGCUCUGCUGCUUACCGGACCUGCUGGUGUGGGAAAGAAGAUGUUGGUCCAUGCCCUGUGCACCGAGACUGGGGCAAACCUAUUCGACCUCUCUCCCGCAACCACAGCUGGCAAAUAUCCAGGCAAGAGCGGACUGCAGUACCUCCUGCACAUGGUCUUUAAGGUGGCUCGCCAGCUGCAGCCCUCAAUAAUUUGGAUUGGUGAUGCUGAGAAAACAUUCUACAAGAAAGUUCCAAAGCUGGAGAAAGAGAUUGAGCCCAAACGACUUAAGAAACAUCUGCCAAAGUUCUUGAAAUCUAUUAAGCCAGAGGACCGUGUGUUGGUGGUUGGGACGACUCACAGACCUUUUGAUGCAGACAUCAAACCUUUCUGUAAAGUUUACAAGAAGAUCAUUUUGAUCCCUAGACCAGAUUAUGCAUCAAGAUUUACUCUGUGGAAGGAAAUGCUUCAAGCAAGAGGUGCUCAGUUGGGCCCCAAGCUGGACCUGAGCUCUCUAGCUAAGGUUACAGAUGGUUACACGCAAGGUCAUAUUCUUCAGGCCAUCCAGAAUGUUCUGAGCUCUUUCCGCCUCGACCAGCAGACCAAGAGACCCCUCACUGCUGUAGAGUUCAUCCCCCCUCUUGCAAGGCAAGACCCUGUCUACAAGGAACAAGAAGAGACUUUUAAGGCUUGGUACAGCCGGACACCUCUGGGGAAAAAACGGACACAAGCAACCAAGGCAAGUGAGGAGGCAGAUAAGAAGAAUGGGAAGAAGAAAGGAGGGAAAUUACAGAAAAAAGGAAGGGAGGAGAAGAGUAAAAAAAGAAAGAAAAAGAACUAAGAAAAACCUAUCCUUUGGAUGGAUGCAAUUUAGUAAAAAGUCAUCCAAUCGAAUCCUGAAUGAAAUUGUAUCUACCCCUUCUGGCCAGCAGAGGGCACUAGCACAUUUUCAAAUGGAGAGUUGCGUCUAUUUACUUGCUUUAAUCCAUUCCAUUGUUCCCCCAAACUAUUGCAGUAAAUUUUAUUAAUAAAUUGUUGGUUUUUCUAAUCCUGACGAUUGAAAUACUCUUAUCCUAGGUAAUUGUAGAUUACUAAUUUUACUCACUGUGCUUUUCACAACAUUUUGUGUGACUUUGUUUUUCAUCUUUAUAAUACAUGAUCAUGCAUCUUCUAUUAAAUUGCAUUGCCUGCAAAUUAUAACAAAUCUCUUAUCAUAAUCUAUUAAAAUCAGGAGUGUGUUGGACUUACCAUCAGUACUAGAAAGUACAUUGCAGAAUUGAUUUGAGCUGCUGGUUUAACCAUUUGGAAAAACCUGUUUUUGAAAUGAGCCAUUGUAUAUGAGUCAGACAAGCAGACCUCCUUUUAGAGCUUUAUUUAGUACUGAGAUCCUCAAUAUUAUACCUCUUAGACCUGAAGCUUCUUUAAAGGAAUGGCUGGCCCAAAAAUGAAAAUUCUGUCAUCAUUUACUCACCCUUAUGAAGUUCCACAACCAUCUUUUUUCCUUCCGCAAAACACAAAAGAAAAUUAAUUGAUGAAUAUCCCAUUAGCUGAAUUUAAUACAAUGGCACUACAAAGUGACUCACGUUAACACGUUAAAGCACCCAAAUGCAUAAUAUUUCAAGUCUGUUGAAGGCAUACGGUCACUUUGUUUGAUGAACAGACUGUAAUUUAAAUUGAUAAUCUCUCUCCAAUCCAAUCAAAUCAUUAAUAAUGUCUGUAAACAGCUCUGAAAUCAAAUAUGGUAGCUAUGGCCCUGUCCCAAAUGACACACUAAGCCCACGAGACCGUAGGGUUUCCCAUUUGACACUCAAAAGGUUUGAGCUCCACAACGGUCUACUACCCAACAGUACAUGCUCCUUCUCCUCUUGACCAAUAACAGCAGUCAGGAGUUUCCUGCCGGUAAAAAAAUUUAUGACGGACGAGACGAUAACAAGAGCGGAUUUAAUAUUGAGUCAGUAAUUGUUUUCUCUGAUUGUCAACGAUAGAUCUACUGCUUUUCGUGUGUAUCACUUUUUAAUUUGAUGUGUAUACUUGGUUUAAAAAAAGUUGUUUUAUUUCGUUUAUUAGAGAAGGAAUCACUCUUUCUAUUGAAUAAUUUUACUUUUAAAAGUAAGUAACCUAAAACUAAUAUCUUCACUAUCAUUGUUUCAACAAGGAUUUCAGUGUUAUUAAAAAAUUUCAGUGAGUCUUAAAAAUAUUUAGACAUGAAAGAGUAUGUUUCUGCAUAGCUGUAGUUUUCAAGAUUCAUUAUAUCUAUUUAAAUUGCAGUGUUCAAUAUAUCAGUGAGAUGUAUGCGUAUGCCUGAAAAACUGUGUGUGUAUAUAAACAUAAGGAUUUUUGUGAUCUUCAGCGAUGUACGUUCUCCUUUCUACACAUUUGACUGUUUUAAGCAGCUUGCAUGCAACCAUCCAGGUGUCCAAUGCAUUUGUUUGUAUAAGAUUGGAAUUAUUUAAUAAAAACAAACAUUCAAUUGUACGUUUAAAGUGUGUUCCACACCCUAACAAUGUCAUGACUAAUAAUAUCAAUGUCAUGACAUUUUAUAAUUAUUUUUAAAAUUGUAUUUACAAGAAAAUCAUGAUGUAUAAAAAAGUAAUCUGAUUAAAAUCUAAUUUAAGCCUUGAAGUAUGUCCCAAGUGCAUGCUUUUAUAACUCAUGCACCCUCAUAGCCUUGCUGACUAGUGCUCCAUUUGUCUGCACUCGCUUACAGUACGUCACCAAAUUCUUCCAUUUGGGACAGGGCCUACAUCGAUAUCAUCAUCUUUGGUUUGAUUGGCACCAUUUUAUUUCAGUGCACUUUAUAGACUUAAACAAUGAUUUGGUUUGAGAGGGAAUAACUUAUAGUAUGGCUUGUUCAUCAUACUAAAUGACCAUAUGCCUUCAAAAGACUUGGAGAAAUGAUGCAUGAGUAGCAUGGACUACACUUAUCUUUUUUUUUUGUUUGUUUUUGCUUUAGUAAGCGUUAAAGUGAGUUACUAUGUACUGGCAAUUAUACUGAAUUUAGCCAACAGGACGUUCAUUAUGACAGAUUUUCAAUUUUGGGUGACCAGACACUCAGAGACAAGGAGGGGGGCGGGGCCAGGCCGUGACUACGCACGCCCGGCUCCCAAUCGGGCUAAUCAGCCAAGGAGAGGGAUAAAUGCAGCGGACCCAGCAGUUCAGAGAGAGAGCCACAUGCAGCUGCAGUGUGUGCAUUUGUGUUUAUAUUUUCUCUUUAUAUUUUAAUUUCUCAUUAAACAUUAUUUUUGAUUGUUCGUCCCGUUCCCGCCUCCUCAUUUUCAUUUUACUCUUUGUUACACAUAGUUAAAAACCGUGGCCCCAAAAAAUAUUUGGACACUUAUGUCAAAUUUAUGAAUGUCAUUGCAUCAGAUCAUAAAAUAUCGAACCAAGUGGUAUUUAAGAGACCACACUAACACUAGUGCACAAAUGUUUUUUCAAGCAAAACAUUUAAUAAAAAGAAGUUUGUUUCACUUUAAAAUGUAUUGAUAAUCACGGUAGUAAGUACGAAAAGGACACAUCAUGACUUAGUUACACAAUAUUGGCUGUUCCAAGAGCAUAAAUGAAUACAAAUGUAGAGACAGUGCACAUAACACCAUAAUGUACAUAACUGAUAUUAAAAAUAAGAAGAAACAUAACUAUUCCCAUAAAAUC